AUGUUUCCUGACCAGUUAGAGAUCACACUGGCAAGGUCCGAUCAUUUGAGUGAUUUUACAGGAUGCGACAUCCAGCCCAAACGAGAUGUGACCCGCUUCGUGAAGUGGCCAAAAUACAUCCGCCUGCAGCGUCAAAGAGCUGUGCUGCAGAAGCGUUUGAAGAUUCCUCCACCAGUGAAUCAGUUCAGAACAGCAGUUGAUAAGCAGACGUCCUCCCAACUGUUCAACCUUCUCAACAAGUAUCGACCUGAGUCCAAGGAACAGAAGAAGGAGCGUCUUCGCAAACGUGCGGAAGCCCGUGCUGCAGGAAAAACCGAAGAGAUCACAAAGCGUCCCCCAACUGUCCGUCACGGCGUAAACACUAUCACUCGUCUGGUUGAGACUCGCAAGGCGCAGCUCGUUCUUGUGGCUCAUGAUGUUGACCCCAUCGAGAUCGUGUUGUUCCUGCCAGCACUCUGCCGCAAGUUCAACGUGCCAUACGCCAUUGUGAAGGGAAAGGCUGCUCUAGGAACUGUUGUAAGAAGGAAGACCACAUCCGCCGUCGCUAUCGUCGACGUCAACCCUUUUCAGCGAAGACCGAUCUGCCCUUGCAACUCGACCAACUUCAACGAGAGAGGUGAAGAGAUCCGAAAGCACUGGGGUGGAGGAAUCAUGUCGGCGAGAUCCGAGGCCAAGAAACUCAGGAUCGAAAAAGCUCGUGCCAAGGAUCUUGGUAUUCGUGCGUAA